AUGACAUCUCAGUCAAGCGAUGAUCGUGCGAAGUUACUCACAUUUGUUGCCCAACUUCAAGGCAGGAAAGGCUCUCAAGCUUCACCGUCAUCAGCAUUGGGCCUAUCAAAUGCAUCUAUGAGUCGCCAGCAGGGGUCGAUUGCCUCUACAUCAAGCAUCACAACAAAUUCCAACGAAGGUUACGCGUCAUUCUCACUGCCUUCACCUCUUGUCACAAACAAUUAUACGCGUCGUUCAUCUCCUCUGCCAUCACAUACCUCUUCACAGGGCGUGGCUCCGUCGUCACAAAUGGACAGCGAGACAUCAGAGUACAAGGGACCGUUGCUCCGUGGAACUCCAGAACAACUGGCUGCUGCACGGGAACUUAGCAAGUCCAACAAAAACAAGCAAGGCGUGGAGCGCCAUCUACACGAUCGGCCUGUAGUACUUCGAAAUGCUGCGCCUGUAUUGCCUCGUGCUGCACCUGUGGUGACUCGAAGCGCUGCACCUGUGGCGUCUCGGACUGCCGUGCGUGUUGCUGCCCAUGUCCUCAGACCUGCCGCAACACCUGCGCCGACGCUGACUUCACCGCCAAAAAACGCGUCUCCAUUGCAUGUCUUUGAUUUCAGCACGAUUCCAAAGCAUGACGGAGAUAACAGCAGCAACUCGUGGCAAAACUUCUCGAGCCAAGCACGAGAGGCAAACCCACACCCUUCCUCUGGUCAUGCCGUGGGAACUCCCCCACACGUCCGUAAGCGCUCGGAGAAUAUCGCACCAUCGACCAAACCUGUUGCAGGCAAAGAGCUCGUGUUUGACAAGAUUGCUGCGAAGCAGCCAGAGAAGGAGAGCAAUGAGCAACGGCUUCCGCAGGGCACAAGCCCGCGCGAAGUCGACACGAUCCGAGUUCAACGUGCGGUCGAAGAUCUAACACGCGCAAAACCGCCUGCAGAGCAUGGAUCAAAAGAAUCGAAUGACAUGGUCACAGUGCAACGUGAGCGGCGAGACAGCGUUAUGCCCAAGCCCGAAGCAGCACCCGCGGUGGUGCAGCAUGACGCAAAGACAUACAGCAACGAGAUUUCCAAUGGACACAAUAUGACCUGGUCACCAGAAAUCACACCGCUCAAGAAUAAAAUGAGUCAACUUGAGGAUGAGAAUCAUGGAUUGAAAACCGAAAUGCGGGCGAUGCGACUGAGUGCCGAAGCCUUCGCGAAGAGUAGCGAGAAGCACCUCCACGAGGUUAUCCUGAAAGUCAAGCUCGAACAGCUUGAGACUGAGAGGCGCGUUGAGAAGCUAUAUCAAGCUGAAGAAAAGCGACAGCUCAGAGGGACCAGCCAGGCGCCCUACCAUGUGUUGGUGAAAUCCAGCGAUCACCCUGAGUGCACAGUGCAGGUGGUCCCGACGAUGAAGAUAAUUCACCUCGUCAGGCGCAUUCGGCUUGCACUGAGUUUGCUGCCUGAGCAAUCUCUGCUUCCACAGAUCCAAGUCGAGGGACAUCGCGAGCGUGUUGAGGGUGAGGACACGAUUGCCAGCCUAGGCUUGGUGGAAAACGCAUGCGUUCAUUUUAGCUACGAGAAAACAGAGACGACGGAUGUCUGA